CUCAAUUGUUAUUCUGCGGCAUCGUACGUGAGCGCGGACCGAGAAAAUCAACGUCGAAUCUCAAUUUCAGUCCGUAUCUGAAGCUGAAGCUGAAUCGCACACAGCGUUUAGUGAGUGUCUCUUGUGUCUCGGUUGUUCAGCCCCACGUAGAAAGUCAACGGCUACAACGGUUUCAAAGUCCUUCGUCCUUCAUCAAACGCAUAGCCAAGUGAAUGCUUGAAUGCUCGAAGGGAAAGUGUCAUAAAGCGUGCGAUUAUCCUGUAAACAAAGUGUAAAACAACAACAGCAGAGAGUCCACCAACCCCCCCAGCAGCCAGCAUCAAGAACAACAUUCGAUCCGCAACAGCCAGGAGUUGCUCCAAUAAAACCUUCACAUUUGGAGUGCAUGAAAAGCGGAAAAGCGGAAAGAACAAAAGCAAACACUGCGGCAUCAUAACAGGGGAACAGGGGAACGAGCACGGACACGGGCAACCCGCUGUCGGAUUGGAGGAUUUUUACGACCUGAGCAAUCAAUUCUGCUGAGUUCUGCGUUUUGCUGCUGGUCAGGCAGGGUAGGAAGAGCCCACCCACCACCCAUCCACCCCACCAACAUUGGACUCUGGAUCUGAACACAUCGUAUAAUGGUUGCCCAAUUGAGAUGACGCCACUGCCACAAGUGAGUAGGAGGAGGAUACGUUAGUGGCGGCGGCAUUGACUAUGGGAACAGAGGCAUGGGCGUGUGUGCGGACCUUGGGUCUCAUCGAUGGUGUCGGGCAUUGAGCCACAGCCAGCCACCAAAGCAGCAGCAGCAAUCCUCAAACAGCUCUCCAGCAGCAAACACAGCCACAGCCACGAUUAUAGCUACCACGAAAACGGCUGCAUUCACAGUGAAAACAACAACGAGAAGAAGAGGACGAAGACGAGUAGAAGAAGGCGGUGACGAGAGCGAGAACGAGAACGAGAACGAGGAAGUGAAUGCCGCCAGAUCGAGUGCACUCUUUGCUAGCUGCUCAGGACCUGCCACCAGAUCGAUACAAGUUAUCAAAUUUGUGUUGAUUUCGUUGCUUUCCCUACUAGCGGAACAUGCACAAACGCACAACAUUCCAGAAGAUGCGGUGCACAUUACGGCCAUACUUGGCGAGGGUGUCAUCUUCAACUGCCAUGUGGAGUUCCCCAAUGACCAUCCGGUGCCGUAUGUCCUGCAGUGGGACAAGAAGGUGAGCGAAACGGGCUCCGAUCUGCCCAUAUACAUCUGGUAUGAGAGCUAUCCGGAGCACAUCGAGGAGGGCUACAAGGGGCGCGUGUCGCGCGUCUCACAGGACUCGCCGUUCGGCAGCGCCUCGCUCAAUCUGACCAACAUCAGGGAGUCGGAUCAGGGCUGGUAUGAGUGCAAGGUCGUCUUCCUGAAUCGCGAUCCCAAGCAGCACAAGAACGGUACAUGGUUCCACUUAGACGUACAUGCACCGCCGCGCUUUAGUGUUACGCCCGAGGAUAUAAUAUACGUUAAUUUAGGUGAUUCAAUUAUACUCAAUUGCCAGGCUGAUGGCACACCGACCCCGGAAAUACUUUGGUACAAGGAUGCCAAUCCCGUUGAUCCCUCGCCCACGGUGGGCAUCUUCAAUGACGGCACCGAGCUACGGAUCUCAACCAUACGGCACGAGGAUAUCGGGGAAUACACUUGCAUUGCACGCAAUGGUGAGGGGCAAGUCUCCCAUACGGCCCGUGUUAUAAUCGCGGGCGGCGCUGUAAUCAUGGAUAAUGCCGCGAACGACAAGCACGCACGCACCAAGUCCACCAAGUCCCCCCAGGCGAAUGCCAUCAAUGAGAAAUUUGCCAUAAGAGUGCCACCAACCAACCAAACGAAGCUCGAGGGCGAAAAAGUGAUAUUCUCAUGCGAGGCUAAGGCGAUGCCCGGCAAUGUGACCGUCCGCUGGUUCCGCGAGGGCUCACCGGUGCGCGAGGUCGCCUCGCUGGAGACCCGUGUGACCAUACGCAAGGACGGCUCCCUCAUCAUCAAUCCCAUCAAGCCGGACGACUCGGGCCAGUAUCUGUGCGAGGUGACCAACGGCAUCGGUGAUCCGCAGAGUGCCUCCGCCUAUCUCAGCGUUGAAUAUCCAGCAAAGGUCACAUUUACGCCCACGGUGCAAUAUCUGCCGUUUCGACUGGCUGGCGUCGUUCAGUGUUACAUCAAGUCGAGUCCCCAGCUGCAGUAUGUGACCUGGACGAAGGACAAGCGCUUGCUGGAGCCCUACCAGAUGAAGGACAUUGUGGUGAUGGCCAACGGGUCGCUGCUGUUCACGCGCGUCAAUGAGGAGCAUCAGGGCCAGUACUCCUGCACGCCCUACAAUGCCCAGGGCACGCACGGCGCCUCCGGCUUCAUGGACGUGCUGGUCCGCAAGCCGCCGGCCUUCACUGUCGAGCCCGAGACGCUCUAUCAGCGCAAGGUCGGCGACAGCGUCGAGAUGCACUGCGACGCCGUCGAGGCGGAGGGCACCGAGCGGCCCACCAUCAAGUGGCAGCGCCAGGAGGGCGAGCAGCUGGCCGACUCCCAACGCAAUCGCAUCAAAAUCUCCGGCGGCAACAUGACCAUCGAGAAUCUGCGACGCGAGGAUUUCGGCUACUACCAGUGUGUCGUGUCCAAUGAGGUGGCCACGCUGAUGGCCGUCACGCAGCUGGUAAUCGAGGGCACCCAGCCCCACGCGCCCUACAACAUCACCGGCAAGGCCACCGAGUCCUCCAUCACGCUGCAGUGGCUGCCCGGCUACAGCGGCGGCUCCGAGUACAAGCAGGACUACACGAUUUGGUUUCGCGAGGCGGGUGUCAACGAUUGGCAGACCAUUUCGGUGACCCCCUCCGGCAGCACCCAGGUGACCAUCAAUGGCCUGGCCUCCGGCACCACCUACGAGUUCCAGGUGGUGGGCCGCAACGUGCUCGGCGAUGGCAUGAUGAGUAAAGUGAUGACAGUGCGCACGUUGGACCUCUUAGCAUAUUUUGACAUUUUCUUUCACACCGAUUCGCGGGGCAAGCUAGUUUAUUCGCCACCCAGAUUGAGAGUGAAAGGUCCCAAGCCCGGACCGCCCAGGAACGUCUCCGUCACGGAGGUGUCCAAUGGAUUCCUCAUCACGUGGCAGUCGCCGCUGGAGCGGGCGCAUAUCGUCAAGUUCUACACGAUUAAGUACCGCACGGAUGCCCAGUGGAAGACAUUGAAUCGGGGACAAAUACGGCCGGAGGAGACGCAGUAUUUGGUGAAAAAUCUGGUGGGCGGACGCACCUACUACUUCCGUGUGCUGGCCAAUUCGGAGAAAUCGUACGAGUCCAGCGAUGAGGUGAAGUUCCCCGUGCCGGCACGUGUCAAGCAUAAAGCUAUAACCGCCGGCGUCGUUGGGGGCAUCCUGUUUUUUAUUGUUGCGAUCAUUUUAUCGGUUUGUGCCGUAAAAAUUUGCAAUAAACGUAAACGACGAAAACAGGAAAAAGAGUUCAACAUGGUAGCUUGCAGGAUAACGGACGCUCGUAAUAUUGCAGCCAAUGCAGCCAAUAAUCAUCAUCAUCAACAACAUCAUUUGCAUCACAAUCGCAGUACGGGCUCAAUUUCCUCUGGUCAAGUGCCUUUAAAAAAGUACAAACAAACCCGAAUAUCAAGUCUAACCGCCAUACUGAUUGCCAUUCUUCACUGGAUCUGGCCACCCGAUCGCUGCACCAACUGCCACUCCAUCUACAGCUCCCCCACAACCCUCGAGGACUGCGACACUGCCACCGGGCGGCGCUCUGUGAGUCGCAUUCAACGCAGCCUCGAUGGUCGCUUUGUCUUGGACGUGGAUGGCUCCAAGAUCGAGGGCUACACGCUGGACAACAACAACAUCGAUGUGGUGGAUGGAGCGCUCUUUGAGCGACGCAACAGCAACGUCUCCCAGAAAUCAUCCAGCGACGAUGGCGGCUUCCUCUCGCGGCGCAACUUCAUCACAGCGCGUGCCUCGUGGCGGCGUCCCCUGGUGGCAUCCUCCAGCCAGCUGAGUCUACAAUCGGCAGCGGACUCGGCACGCGGCUUCCUCCAGGGCCUCGGGGGUCUGCUCAAGAUCGGCGGCAAGCCACAGCACCAUCAGCCGGCGCACUUUGAGGAGGCCAUCAGUGGGGCUCGCUACCAGAACAUCCGCAGCCUGUAUGGGAACGCGGACAGGAGUCGCCCGCUGCACAUCAACACCAUCAGCGGAGCGUUGGGCCAGCAGCAGCAUCACCAUCACCAUCACCAUCUCCUCUCGCCGCAGCAGUACACUCCGUCGCGGAUUUCGCGCAUCUUCUCCAGCUCGCCGGCCAUGAGCCAUCUGCAGCAUCAGCAGCAGCUGCUCCUGAGCGGCGGCAGUGGCAGCGUCGGCUAUCCCACACACUUCAGCGAUCUCAGCACCGUUUAUCCACCCAACUCGGCGGAGCGAUCCCACAACAGCGGAGGCGCAGGCAGUCGCUAUCGCUACUACUCCCAGGAGCUGCCUUCGCUGAGAACCAUCCAGGAGGAGACGCGACGCCAGCAGCAGCAACAGCAGCAGCAGCAGCAGCAGCAACCACAACAUCCGCUGGAGGAGCACUUUGUGCCGCUGCAGCUGCCAUCGCCGCCAUCGUGGAGGAGCUACUACCACGGGCAGCUGCCGUAUCAUAGCUACAGGCCGCGCACUCGCUGGUAUCCGCGCCACUACUCCCGCCUCUUCAGUCGCCAGCAGCACGAGCUGCUCUCCCCGCUGCCCGAUCUGAAUCUCUCGCUGCGCAAUGGGGUGGGGGUCAAUGCAGGGCUGGAGGCCUCACCCGAGUCGCGGAGCAGCUCGAGUGGCUUCGGGUCGAAGAACACCUCCAAUCAUCCUGGCAGCACCAGCGAAUGGCGACUGCUGCCGCCGUACCGUGCACCGCCCUCGCCGCCCAAGCACUCGGGCUACUUUGGGACAGGAGGGGGACUGGGUGGCAGCCAGCAGGCCCAGGGCCAGACGCCGCAUUCCGCCUACUCCGCUUAUCCGCGGGCCAACACGCCGCCCUACACCAUGGCCCACUGGCUGGAAAUGAUCUCAAGACUGAACGCGGCCACGGACAGCAAUUUGCCAGCGCCCAAGCCACCGUGCCCCGUGGACGUGGGCAGCGUCGAUGGCCACUACGAAUUCGACCCGGCCACGCCCACACCGAGCGCCUCAACGCCCACGGGCAUGGGUGGUAUGCUGCGCGACGAUCUCAAUCAUCUGCACAUUGAUACAUCGCUCCAUCAUCAUCAUUUGCAUCAUCAUCACACACUGGGACCGCUGAGCGGCAGUCUGCUGCAUGCCCAUGCCCCCACGGGCUACAGCGGGGGAACGGGCAGUUCCCGGAAGCUGCGCACCUUGCCACUGCCACACCAGCUGCCGGCACGCUAUGACAAUGUGGAGGUGCGGCUGCAGGCGAUGCGAGAGGAGUUCUAUGCGUACCGCAAGCGGCAGGCGAUGCAACAGGCGGGAGUGCCCGAAAUGGAGAGCGUGUGCUGAGUGCCAGCUUCAGUCAAGCAUUUAAUUAAGUUCCACAUGGCAUCCACACACACACACACAGACACACAUCCGCAACACACCCAUGAAAUGCGCCUCAAUGCAAAAGGCAAAAGCACCGCAAAAUUGCGAUGCCAUCGGAUGAGACGGAUGAGACGGAUGAGCGAUGGUUGAGGCAGCCGCAAGCAGCAUGCAUGCCAUUGCAAUCAACAUUCAACCGCAUACGUAGUAGAUGAGAUGAUGAUACAUGAUACAUGGAUACAUGGAAAGAUAAAUGAACAUCGGAUCAGGCCACACAUCUGCCAUUUCCCCCCAAAACCCAACCCCACACACGUUAGAGAUUCCUACCCUCAGAUAUGAAACUUAAAAAGUUACCACAGCAAUGAAACAAUUAAUAGAUUUUACGGAAAGGAAAGGGAAGAGAGCGAUAGAGCGAGAGAAGCCAAGCGAAUUCCACGCGAGAUUUGUAAAUACUUUGAAGGGAGCAGCAGAUAGACAGAUGGAGAGCGGGGAAUGCAGCAGCUGAGGAGCCGAAAAUUUAAGUAUAAUAUUAAAAAAAAACUAUA